UAUUUCUUUUUCUACCAUCUGGCACCCCUAUUUAUAUCAUCUACAGUCUGUUCUUCGGUUCGCUGACAUAUGUGCAGGACCUGGUGGCUUUUCGGAAUACAUGCUUUGGCGCCGAUGCUCCGGUGGGCCUAUCAUCUCUUCUAGUCCUGCCAGUCCAACGGGUUCCGCUGAUUCUGGUGAUGCUGGUGACUCGUUGGUUCAGAAUUCUUCCGUGUCAGGAGCUACUGAAUCGCAAACCCUUGAUCGCCCUGCCCUGUCUGCCAAGGGCUACGGCUUCACGAAGACUGGCAACUGUGAUUUCCGUCGCCAUGACCUGCUUGCAGGCCCUGGAGAAGCCUUCGAGGCUCAUUACGGUCCAUUAAAAGAUGGGGACAUCACGCAAUGGCAGAAUCUUGCCUCAUUUGCAUUAUGGAUUGGUCAGGAAACGGGAGGUCAUGGCGUCGAUCUAGUAAUGGCUGAUGGGGUAAGUCCAUCGUAUAGUUAUCUUAACCACUUAUAUAGGCCCUUCGCCGUUCAACUUUUCACUAGUGCUCAUUAA